AUGGAGAGUCUUGAAUUGAAGAUGGGCGUACUAGAUCUUCUGCAGACACUCAGGAAAUAUGGUCAUAAGAUUGCGGUCAUUACAGAAGGGCCACAAGACGUGCAGGAGCGAACAGUCAAAUGUCUGGGUCUCGUACCGUACAUUGAUUAUCUGGCAACAAUCAAAGAAUUAGUGGUAGCAAAGGUCGAAGGGCUGUUCGUAAAAGUGCUAGAGCAUCUAGGACUGAGACCGAAAGAUGUGAUCAUGAUUGGUGACAGCUUGGAAAGAGAUAUCGUGCCGGCAACGCACGCAGGGAUGUACUGCGUCCACUUUACAUCUUUUGAGGCAACAUAUGAUGAACAGAUACAGAUCGAGAGAUUUGAUACACUCAAGAAGCUUGUUGAGCAUGCUCACAGCUGCUCGGUAGAUUAG